GGAUUCACAGUGGUGUCAAGCCUUUCAAGUGUGGUGAAUGCGGGGAAAGAGUAUGGUCAAGCAGGUACCCUGAGGUUCCACAUGAGAAGUCACACUGGAAUCAAGCCUCAUAAGUGUGAUGAGUGUGGAAAAACUUUUUCUGUAAGAGCAACUUUAGAGGGACACAAGAGGAUUCACAGUGGUGUCAAGCCUUUUAAGUGUGCUGAAUGUGGGAAGGAGUAUGCUCGAGCCGAUAGCCUGCAGUCUCACAUGAUGCUUCACUGUGGAAUCAAGCCAUACAAGUGUGAGGAGUGUGGGAGACGAUUUACACUGAGAAGAUACCUGGAGACACACAAAAGGAUUCACAGUGGUAUCAAGCCUUAUAAGUGUGAUGAAUGUGGUAAGGAGUAUGCUCGAGCCGAUAGUCUGAGGUCUCACAUGCUGAGCCACAGUGAAGACAAGCCUUAUAAGUGUAGUGAAUGUGGGAAAGAGUUUAUACGAGCUGACAGACUGCAAUCUCACAUGCUGAGUCACAGUGGACUCAAGCCUUACAAGUGCGAGGAAUGCGGGAAAACAUUUCCAGUAAGAGAUACUCUAAAGACACACAUGAAGAUUCACAGUGAUAUCAAGCCAUUUAAGUGUGAUGAAUGUGGGAAAGAGUAUGCUCGAGCCGAUAGCUUGAGGUCUCACAAGCUGAAUCACAGUGGAUUCAAGCCAUUUAAGUGCAGUGAGUGUGGGAAAGCGUUUUCAUUAAAGGACUCUCUGAAGACGCACAUGAGGAUUCACAGUGAUAUCAAGCCUUUUAAUUGUGAUGAAUGUGGGAAAGAGUUUGCACGAGCUGAUAGUUUGAGGUCUCACAUGAUGCAUCACAGUGGACUUAAACCUCACAAGUGUGAUGAAUGUGGGAAAACAUUUACACUAAGAAGAUACCUGAAGACCCACAUGGGGAUUCACAGUGGUAUCAAGCCAUAUAAAUGUGAUGAAUGUGGGAAACAGUUUACAAGAGCUGACAGACUGCAGUCUCACAUGACGCAUCACAGUGGAGUGAAGCCGUACAAGUGUGAUGACUGUGGAAAAACUUUUUCGUUAAAAGAUACUCUGAAGACACACAUGAGGAUUCACAGUGAUAUCAAGCCAUUUAAAUGUGGAGAAUGUGAUAAAGAGUUUGCACAAGCAGCUGGCCUGCAGACACACAUCAAGAGUCACAAUAGUGAGAAGUCUUAUGAGUGUAGCGAGUGUGGGAAAACAUUUACACAAAGCAGAUAUCUGAAGACACACUUAAGGAUUCACAGUAGUGUUAAACCUUUUAAGUGUGGUGAAUGUGGUAAAGAGUUUGCAAGAGCCGAUAGACUGCAGUCUCACAUGAUGCAUCACAGUGGAGUUAAGCCAUAUAAGUGUGACGACUGUGGAAAAACGUUUCCAUUGAGAGAUACUCUGAAAACCCACAUGAGAAUUCACAGUGAUAUCAAGCCAUUUAAAUGUGAUGAAUGUGGGAAGGAGUUUGCACAAGCAUCAACCCUGCAGACACACAUUCAGAGUCACAAUAGUGAGAAGUCUUAUGAGUGUAGUGAGUGUGGGAAAACAUUUACACAAAGACGAUAUCUGAAGACACACUUGAGGCUUCACAGUGGUAUCAAGCCUUUUAAGUGUGGUGAAUGUGGUAAAGAAUUUGCAAGGGCUGACAGACUGCAAUCUCACAUGCUGAGUCACAGUGGACAAAAACCUCAUAAGUGUAGUGAAUGUGGGAAAACAUUUAAACUAAGUAGUAAUCUAAGAAAACAUGUAAUGCAUCACAGUUGAAUGAAGCCUAGUAAGGAUAGUGAGUGCAGACAUUCAUUUUUGCAAAUAUGUAAGCUUCGGUCAUUCAGACAACAUGAGCAGUCACAUUAUAAUUAAUCCCCUUGACUACAAUGUGUGUUGAAAAGGGUUACCAACAUCAUGAUGCAUGAAGAUGCAUCAGCAGAGGCUUCAUGGUGGAAUCAAGAUGGCAGUUACAGAAUCAAAAGCCUGACGAAAUAUGAAAGACUGAAUCAUUCAUGGAUUCUUGCCAUGAAUUUUUAUGGGACAGAUUCACAACAUCAGUUAGCCAAAGACAGACCAAGGGUAUCAUCAUCAAAGUCCUGUCCUGAAAGUGUGGUGAGAGUUGAUGGAACAUCAAGUUGUCUGAAGACACUCGGAGAGCAUCAUCAUGGAAUCCUGCCCUGAAAGUGCGGCGAGAGUCGGAGGAACAUUCACAGCAUCAAGUUGUCUGAAGAUACACAGAGGGCAACGUCAUGGAUUCCUGUUCUGAAAAUGCGGGACACAUUCACAGCUUCAAGUUAUCCAGCCCAAGAUUGUCGACAGUGUGAUCAAAGGGUAUUGAGUAACGUUAUACCUCUCUACUACACGUAAUUUAAUGACGUCAG